GUUCGUGGCCAUCACCGAGCCUGUGGACGACUGGGUCACCGAGGGCAAGCCGACACCUGCUAUCAAGCUUGCAGCGGAAACUUCGGGAGGAAGAUCCUCGUCCUCUGCACCAAGGGCUCGAAGAGCGCGAUCGCGUGGGAGUUCCUGAAGGAGCACGGCAUAGAUGCGUACUUGGUCGACGGUGGUCUCGAGGCGUGGGAGAAGGCUGGCCUACACACGCAGGCCAUGAAGUUCCACCAGUACGACCUCACGCCGCGCCGAAAGCCCGGCCGCAGGUACGAGCCGCGCCAUCGGGGGACGCAGCCGGCCACUCGCCAGUAG